AUGAAGCGAGGGAGGGAAGAAGCGGACGAGGAGCUGAAGCGCUUUGAACAGUUUUGUCGCCAAUUCGCUUACAGUCCUGAAAAGUCUGUAAAAGUCAAAAAUCCGCCUCCCGUAGAAGAGGAAAAGACCCAGAGUGAAUUGGAAGAUGCACCUUUUGUUGCUCCCUACCCUAAUCGAUAUCGAGAGAAGUAUUCCUCUCCUUGUCCAAAUUGUUUUAAGAAUAGCCUAGUAUGCCCUCACAACCAAGAAAAGCGACUACGGCUGUUGAUUAUCGGGCAUAAUCCCUCGGAGCAUGCAUGGAAAAACGGAAAUAUGUACAGUAACCCAACGAAUCGUAUGUGGAAGAUUCUCACAGGAACAUUUUGUGAGGGGAGCGAAUAUAAAGGAGUCAUCGACCCGUCUAUGACUAUUGAUGACCAGAAUCAACUACCAUCUAGAUAUGGCAUAGGUUUUACGGAUCUAGGCACUGUCCCAGGAAAUCAGUCGGACAAGUUUACAAAGCAGGAGUUGGCUCAAUGGAAAAUUGACCUGUAUGACCGACUAACCCGGCAUUUGGGCCGUGUGUGUAAACAAGAACACAAUGAUCCCAAAUGCUCGUUACUCUGCCAUUCCCCUCGCAUCGUUCUGUUUUCCGGAAAGAAGCAAUUCGUUGAUUUGUUUGCAAAGCCUCCCAAGGUUGCAAUGGGCUUUCAGCAGGUGCUUCCUGACGACUGGCCUCUUUCGCCGCAAAUCAAGGUGUAUGUUUGUCCUAGUUCAAGUGGUCGGGUCGUAAUGAAAAAGGAAGAUAUAAUGAAGUACUAUUGUGAAGUCUUUGAAGCCUAUAAUUCGUUAUUUUUUGUUUGUUAUAAUGAAUUGAACUAUAAAUGA